UGAAGUAUUUAAAAGACAUGUGAUGGUUCUAGUUCACCACUCAACUGUUGAAGGUUCCACUGAGCCCACAGCAGUAGCGCAUCUUGAAGACCGCAUUACUACCCCACAAACAUCAGACUGCAGAAAUGUCACCUGUUUUGGAUGUAAAUCGCGUGGACCUCGACCAUGCAAUCAACCAUAAAGACCACCAAACUGACUUCAGCGAACCAGAGUGUCUGUUUGUGAGGAGAGGUCAAAUAUUUACCAUCUCCCUUCACCUGAAUUCUGGCCAGUACAAUGAAGGAAAAGACACCCUUACCAUCACUGCAGAGAUAGGAGCUCAGCCGUCUGAGAACGAUGGCACCAGGGCCGUGUUUAGAGUGAGUGACACCAUUGAUGAGGCAAGCUGGGGUGCUAAAGCUAGCAGUAGAACUGCCGGGGUGCUCACUCUGUCCAUCAGCUCCGCUCCCAGUGCUCCCAUUGGACACUACACUCUGUUUUUAGAUCAGGAAGGACAACGCCAGGUUAAACUGGGCCAGUUUGUGCUGCUCUACAACCCCUGGUGCCCAAGAGAUUCAGUGUAUUUGGAUGAUGAGGACAAACUGGAAGAGUACGUCCUGUCUCAGGAUGGCCUAAUAUAUGUGAUUAAUCUGGCCCUUCCCUGGAUUUUUGGACAGUUUCAGCAGGGGAUUUUGGACAUUUGUCUGAAACUGUUGGGCAUAGAUCCGGCUGGAGUGCAAGGCUGUGGAGCCACGGGAAACCCAGUAUAUGUGACCAGACUUCUCAGUGGCUUGAUACACAAACACGUGCUUUGGGGAAAUUGGAAUGACACAAGUGACGGGGUGAACCCAGAAGAGUGGCAAAGCAGUGUGGAGAUCCUCCAGCGUUGGGACAUGGAAAAGAGCCUGGUGCGCUAUGGCCAGUGUUGGGUGUUUGCUGCUGUGAACUGCACAGUGUCUCGAGCUCUGGGUAUACCAUGUAGAGUAAUAAUCAACUUCGACUCUGCCCAUGACACAGACGGUAACUUAACGAUCGAUAAGUAUGUAGAUAAAUAUGGAAGACCUUCGAAAGAAACUCGAGAUAGCACAUGGUUCGUGUUGCAAAGUUGGAUAAACAGAUAAAACAUAAUAAUAACACUACCAGUACCACUACUACUACCACUACUACCACCACCAUUACUACUACUACUACUACUACUACUGUUGCUACUACUACUACUACUACGAUUACAUCUUCUCUUACUUCUACCACUACUACUACUUUGUCAAUGAAGUGACGAAGUUGGUUGACAGUCAGAUGUCUCAAAACGCAAAAGAAGUUAAGGAAGACACUGUUAAAUUGAUUAUGAUCUCAGUUUUAACAACCAUAUGAAAGCAAUAACUAAAUCAGCUUUUUACCAUCUCAAAAACGUGGCCAAACUUACAGGGCUUAUUUCAAAACAUGAACAUUUAUGUUGCAAUGGUCUUUUUGAUGGUCUUCUUUUAGGCCUUCCUAAAAAGACAAUACAACUUAUACUAAAUGCAGCAGCUAGAGUUCUUACAAAAACCAAAGGAAGUGACCACAUUAAUGCAAUACCUAAGUUCUUACACUGGCUUCCAGUGAAUCAUAGAACUGAUUCUGAAGCACCUCUGCUUGUUUAUAAAUCCCCAAAUACCUCUCAGAUGUGUUUCAGCACUACAUAAAUAUACUUGCCUUACAACACUGGUUGCAUAAAUGUACCCACAAGUAUAAAUAUUUAGAAAAUAACUGAAUGAAAAUAUAAAUCAUGAUCACAAAUUAAAUGUACUGUGCAAUUGUAAAUGUUGCUUUAAUAUACAUUUUCUUUCAAGACAGAACCCAAAAGGAAAACCAUAGAUAAUGUACAUUCAUGAACAGGAUCUAUCGAUUAGUAGAAAUAACUGCAUAAUUACAUGUAAAUGAGUGGUGCAUAGAAUUAUCAACGACCAACUAUGUCUUUUCUGGCCAUGACUAUCAUUGCCUUAGGAAUUUCCACUGCUGGAUUGAGUCCUGGAUGACACGACCAGAUCUUCGCCCUGGAUAUGGAGGCUGGCAGGCCAGCGACCCGACUUAUUUAGGUCAUGCCGAAAAUAUUGGCCCAGUCCCCACAAAGGCAAUAAAGGAUAGGCAAUUGGGCUUGCAGUAUGAUGCUCGAUUUGUCUUUGCGGAGGUGAACGCAAAAGUGAUUGUUCACACAAAGCAAAUGGAUGGGAGCACUAAGCUAGUCAAGGGCUACGAUCCUGUGGGAUCGAAGAUCAGUACCAAGAGUGUAUGCAAAAACGAGGAAGAAAACAUCACUCUCCAGUACAAAAAUUUCUGGAGAACAGAGAGUCGGACGAAAGCUGUGUGCGGAAAUCACUUUGCAGAAUCCCCUACCUGACACCCUGACUGGCUGCUGCUUCACGGUGGAGGGCCCUGACCUCACUGGAGGCAAAUGCAUUCCUGAGAGAUUGCAGUGUCCAGUGCCGCCAGGCAAGGACGCCAAGACCAAAGUGUUGCUCACGCCUACUCAACCCGGCCGCAAAAUGUUGUCGGUCAAGUUUGACAGCGACAAACUCAGGCAUGUCAACAGCUUUAUCGAUGUGAUCAUCGGAAAAAAGAUAAAUUAAGAGAGAGCAUGUCUUUUGACCAUAAGUGCCUAGUAAUAGAGACACCCUCUCAUCGCCUAUUGUUGCCAUAGCUUAAUGCAAUUUUUUUUAAAUUCUGUCUCACGCAUACUAUUUUAAAUGUGCUUCCAAUGUUGUUUAAAUAUAACUCCACAACAAACUGUUCUGUGUUGAGGCGAUCUUACAAACAAAUAGAUGCCUGCAUUUCUUACACCUGAGGAUGUCAGAACCUGAACCCAUGAAAUGAAAAAAACUUUGAUGUUUGAUGUUUUGUCUGAAAUAAACACUGUCCUCAUAUUAUCACUCAUGCUCACACCAAUCCGGUCCCCGUCGCUGGGUAAACACUCUCCCCCAGCCUCCUAGUGGACACAUGUUCUUAGUUGUAUCUGCUUGUUGUCUUACUAAAACCUCCCCUCCCCUUCUUUGUGUGAAAUCAUCUCCAAAGCUCAUGCACUGUAAGCUUUAUUAAUCUCAAGCCUUGUUUAAUGAAUAUUUGGUUAGAGUGUCUCUUUGCUGUAGACUGUGUCCUUCCUAUUAAGCUGAGAAAUAAACUUGUGCUUGUGCAUUCAAUCCUG